CAGAUUGGCUCAAUCACGAUGGACGGUGCAUCAGCAAAUAAGAAAAAAAUGGAAUUCCUACAAGAGAAGCUCGGUAAUGCUGGUAUCAAAUUUGAUGCAGACGGAAACCGUGCGAUAACAGAUGAGUUGGAAAAGAACCCAUCCGAGCCUGUUCACACACUUGCUUCAGCGCCUGGCGUCACGCAAGAGUUCAAGGAAUCCUGCGAGCGGUAUGUGGAUAUGGGUAACCAAUCAAACCUGUGGGGUCCUCUGGAAAACCCAGUUGUACUUCCUGAAGUCCAGCUGCUGCAUGACGUGGACACACGGUGGUCGGCGAUGUACAAUAUGAUAAGCCGCAUGCUUAUCCUGUAUCCUGCUGUCCGCCAUCUAAUUCAAAAUGACACCCUCAGCAACAUUAACGACUUGUCAGAUGCCGAGUUUGACGUCUUGGUUGACAUCCAUCAAGUUUUCGCCGCCCCAAAUGCUGCCCAGGAGUUGCUCUCUGCCGAGAAGACCCCUACCCUAUCUAUGGCACUUCCUGUCUUCACUGAAUUGAUGGAUGUCUGGACAGAGCAAACAAAGACAAUUCCGGAGCUACAACACUACAUCGACAUCGGAAUUGAUCGAGUACAGAAGUACGUCAACAUUGCACGGAGCAGUCAAGUCUAUGCCCUUGCAAUGAUCAUUAACCCUACUAGCAAAAUGACAUGGAUCAACGCUCAU